AUGGCAUACGAGCUGGUUCUUUUGCUUGUGAACUGCUUAUUCGAUGGGAACAACCCGAGACACGCCUACGAAAGCCAUGGCCUGGGAGGGUGCGGUGGAACAAACUCGACGGAUAUAUGGAAGAACUCAGCAUCGAGAAGCAGGGGGGUUGAUAAGAGUGAUAUCUUUGGUAUGUUCACCCCUCCUAGUUUGAAUGACAAGGCCAACUUUAGGUAG